AUGUAAAUUUCAUUGUUUGAAAUAAAAGUUUACUAUAGAGAAUUAAAAAUUACCUUCUUUGGUUAAUUGAGAUAAGAAUCAAUUAAUAAAAUUACAUUUUAAGAUAAAGCAAAUGGACUUUAAUGCAUUAUUGAUAUAGGAAAAGUUAAAAAGAAGUAAUUGUAUAGACUAAAUUUAGAACUUCUGAUUAUUUCCAAGCAGAUAUCAAAUGUAAAGGAUAAAAAGUUUCAACAGUAUUUGGAACAUAUAUUGGUUUCAUUAAUUUUGACAAUGUCAGAUAUUGGGAUUAUAGAUAUGUAGUUCCAUUCAAAAUUAAAAUGGAGAAAUAGCCACUUGAAAGUGAUCAUAAGAACCGAUCUGAUUUAUAAUCUUUGAAAGCAGGAGAUAUUCCUAUGGCUUAAAAAAAUAAAGAGCUUCUUGAAAACAUAUAAAGAAAUGACAGAAAACUUAGAGAACAAAAUGAAAAAUAAAAGAAAUAGAAAAAAUGAAUUCAAAGUUAG